AUCUCUUCUCUGCUCUCUUCUCCAACAAAACUCCAAGUAUUCAUUACCUCAAAACAAAACCCAAUCCCAAUCCCAAUUCCAAAAAAGCUUCCCAUUUUUCUCUUCCAAUAUAGCAAAAGUAGUGAUCACCUCCACGACGCCAUGAAAUCACAGUCUUGAUUCUUGAAAAUAAAUCUUCCGAUUUCCGUUUCUCUCAUCAGAAAAAACCCCAAGAAAAUGGAAAGCCCACGAAAUUAUUCCCUUUGCGCUCUCCUUCUCAUGAGUCUUGCAUGUUUUUGUUUCGUAAAUCCCACCUGCGGGAACGCGGAGCUGAGAGCAUUAAUGGAGAUUAAGUCAUCUCUAGACCCGGAAAACAAGUAUUUAUCAUCGUGGACGGCGGACGGCGAUCCAUGCGGCGGCGCUUUCGAGGGAGUGGCCUGCAACGAGCACCGCAAAGUGGCCAACAUUUCCCUGCAGGGAAAAGGGCUCACCGGGAAAGUGCCGCCGGCGGUGGCGGAGCUCAAGUGCUUGUCGGGUCUGUAUUUGCAUUACAAUUCUUUGAGUGGGGAAAUCCCCAGGGAGAUUGCUAAUCUCACUGAGUUGACUGAUCUUUAUCUCAAUGUGAAUAAUUUGACUGGGACUAUACCGCCUGAAAUUGGAAGCAUGGCUAGUCUACAAGUGCUGCAGCUAUGUUGCAACCAUUUGACAGGGAGCAUACCCACACAAAUGGGAUUCUUGCAAAGACUGAGUGUUCUUGCAUUGGAAAGUAAUGGAUUAACAGGGCAGAUUCCUGCAAGCUUAGGAGAUUUGGGAAUGCUGAAAAGACUGUAUUUGAGCUUCAAUCAGCUUUCUGGCCCAAUUCCUGUUAGAUUGGCCAACAAUCCUUCCCUGGAAGUUCUUGAUGUGCAAAACAAUACACUUUCUGGAGUUGUCCCUUCUGGUUUGAGGAGGCUAAAUGAAGGAUUUCAUUUUGAUAACAAUCCUGGAUUAUGUGGUACUGGCUUCUCUUCCCUGCGAGCUUGCACUGCCUGGGACAACCUGAACAUUAAUCAGGUCGACCCCUCCACGCCUGUCGCCAACAGGACGGCCCCUACAAACGUACCGCAGUCUGCUGCUUUUCCGUUACCUUGUAAUCAAUCGGACUGCUCCAGGUCCUCAUCAAGGCUGCCACAGAUCGGCAUUGUUGCCGGAGUAAUUACAGUUACCGUCGGAUUAACAGUGGUUGUGUUUGUCUGUGUUGUUCGCUAUCGUCGUCGCAAACAGAAAGUUGGGAACAAAUCGGAUACUUCCGAUGACCGGCUGAGCAUUGACCAGGUGAAAGAUGUCUAUAAGAGAAGUCCAUCUCCUCUUGUCGCCCUGGAAUACUCCAACAGCUGGAACCCGACGAACGCUGCUCAAGAUUGCAAUGGCUUGUGUCAUGUGUUUCUACAGGGAUCUAAGUUUAACUUGGAAGAGGUUGAAUCAGCAACUCAGCAUUUCUCAGAGGUGAACCUAUUGGGAGAGAGUAAGUUCUCUGCUGUCUAUAAAGGAAUCUUGAAAGAUGGAUCGCUAGUGGCGAUUAAAAGCAUCAACAAGACAAGUUGCAAGUCGGAUGAAGACGAGUUCAUGAAAGGACUGAGCUUGUUGAAUUCUCUGAAACAUGAAAAUCUUUUGAAAUUGAGGGGUUUCUGUUGCUCAAAGGCUAGGGGUGAAUGUUUCCUGAUCUAUGACUUCGCCUCAAACGGUAAUUUAUCGCAGUACCUAGAUGCGGAAGAUGAUACUAGCAGCGUUCUUGAUUGGCCUACCAGAGUUUCUAUCAUCCAUGGAAUUGCAAAAGGUAUAAAGUAUCUGCACAGCAACGCAACGAACAAGCCUCCCAUAGUUCACCAAAACAUCUCAGUAGAAAAAGUUCUUCUCGACCAACAUUUCAGGCCGCUGAUUCUGGACUCAGGCCUGCUAAAGCUUCUCGCUGAUGAUGUCGUUUACUCGGCCCUCAAAGUCAGUGCAGCCUUGGGCUAUAUGGCUCCCGAAUACAUCACCACCGGCCGUUUCACUGAGAAGAGCGAUGUUUAUGCGUUCGGCGUUAUCAUCCUCCAAGUACUUUCCGGCCAACGGAAGCUCACAAGCUUAAUGAGAACAGCAGCUGAAUCAGGCAAAUUGGGAGAAUUGGUCGACCCCGGACUCCAGGGCAAGUUUUCUGAAACUGAAGCAGCCCAACUCACGAAAAUUGCUUUAGAUUGCACAGAUGAGCUUCCGGACAGUAGACCAAGCAUGGCUUCAGUCGUUCGAGACCUAAAUGAGCCAAGUUGUGGCUGAUGGUGAGGUGUAUAUCCUUUCAGAAUUGUAUUCCAGGGAGAGUGUUAAUUUACAAGCCGGUGGCCGGAAUCAGUGAAGCUGCUGCUUCUCAGAGACUGAUUCUGUGAGCUCUAACAUGAGAAGUCUUUGACAGGGGUCAGAUUGUAGGGAUUUUGGGACUGUGUAAAUUGAGUAAGUGGUCCUUGGAUUUUUAGGAAGGCAAAUAAGAGCAAUAAGUUGAAAAGGACAA